GCAUGUGUCUCUCUCUUUCCAUCUCUCUCCAGCAGGAACAGGGGUGAGUGUCCUGCUGUGGUUCCUGCCCUGACCUGUUGUUAGUUCGUUUGGGGGAUUUUUGUUUUGUUUUUUAACUACCUCCUUCCUCUGGCUCUCUUCCUCUCUUUGCUUUGUUCCUCGCCUACUGAUACUAGACCAGGCAUGGAGAGUACCCAAAAUGCUGAUCUGUCUGCUGAAAAGCCACCACCCCCUUCUGCAGACAGCAACACCUCGUUGUUACCUCAUCAGAAUGGCCUGGACAAACAAACUGAGCAGAUUCCCGAGCCCAAGUCUCAGGUACCUGAGAAAGAAGCAAGUGCUGCCCCUGAAAACAUGGGGAGUGAUAUUUCUGAAGAACUCAAUCGGCAGCUGGAAGACAUCAUAAAUACCUAUGGGUCUGCCUCCAGCCUGGUGGGGAAAGAGAGCAGUGUGAGAGAUAAGGAGAAGUCUGAGAAGGCAGACCAUGAGGAAGGGGAAUAUGAAGAUGUAAAUGAUGACAGUGAAAAAGAACCAAUAGCUCCCGGAGAAGCCCCCACAUCUGCAGUCAGGGACCCUUUCAACAACAAAGAACAGAAACUGGAAAAGAAAAUCUUAAAAGGACUAGGCAAAGAAGCUACCCUGCUCAUGCAAAAUCUGAACAGACUUCCAACAGCUGAGGAAAAAUUUGAAGUUUUAUUCAAGAAGUAUGCCGAAUUGCUGGAAGAGCACCGGGCCGAGCAGAAGCAGCUAAAGCACCUGCAGAAGAGGCAGGCCCAGGUCAUCAAGGAGAAGGACCAGUUGCAGAGUGAACACAGCAAAGCCAUCCUGGCCCGGAGCAAGCUGGAAAGUCUGUGCCGAGAGCUGCAGAGACACAACAAGACUCUCAAGGAAGAAACUCUUCAGAGGGCACGUGAGGAAGAUGAGAAAAGGAAAGAGAUCACAAGUCAUUUUCAGGGCACACUGAGUGACAUCCAGACUCAGAUUGAGCAACAGAGUGAAAGAAACACUAUGCUAUGCCAAGAGAAUACAGAGCUAGCAGAGAAACUGAAAAGCAUCAUUGAUCAGUAUGAACUCAGAGAAGAGCAUCUGGAUAAAAUAUUUAAGCACCGGGAACUCCAACAGAAGCUGGUGGAUGCAAAACUUGAACAAGCCCAAGAAAUGAUGAAGGAAGCAGAGGAGCGACACCAGAGAGAAAAGGAAUAUUUACUGAACCAAGCAGCUGAGUGGAAGCUUCAGACUAAGAUGCUGAAAGAACAAGAGACAGUCCUGCAGGCCCAGCUUACUCUCUACUCUGAGAGGUUUGAAGAGUUCCAGAAUACGCUGACAAAAAGCAAUGAGGUAUUUGCCACUUUCAAGCAGGAAAUGGAUAAAACAACAAAGAAAAUGAAAAAGCUGGAAAAGGACACAGCCACAUGGAAAUCAAGAUUUGAAAACUGUAACAAAGCCCUCCUGGACAUGAUUGAAGAGAAAGCAGUGAGGACUAAAGAAUACGAGUGCUUUGUGAUGAAGAUGGGAAGAUUAGAGAACCUCUGCAGAGCUCUGCACGAGGAGAGAAAUGAGCUAUACAAAAAAAUUAGAGAGGCCAAAAUCCCUGAAAAAGAAGAAAAUGAGAACAACUCAGAGGAAGAGCCUGACGCAAAUGCCCCUGUUGACGAAACAGCUGGUGCACAGGUAGCCAGUACUGAUGAAAAUGCACUGAGGAAGCUGGAAACAGCUUUCAUGGUAACCCAUCAUGUGGAGGUUCCUUAUGACCAAUCCUGUGAAAACACAGAGCUGGAGUUAUGUAGUGCACAAGCUUGCAGCCCAGAGAGUUCCCAAACCCAACCAAAUCCUCCUCCUAAGUCUGAGGAAUGUGGGGAAGCCACACCUCCACCAAAGACUGAUAAUCAGUCUCUCUUACCAAGGGCAGUUUCCCAAAAUCAGUCCUUAAAGCCUAUGGCAAAGACUGAUAGUCACACCUCCCAAGCACCAGCAGAAGCAAACAAUCGGCCUCUCCCACCAAUUGGAAAGGCUCCAAGCCAGGCCCCACAACCACCCCAAAAGGCUAACAGUCAGCCCUUACAAUGCACAGAAAGUGACCAAUGUCCACUUGUGCUACCUGUAUGUGAGCCCAACAGUCAGCCCCCACCAUCUGCAGUAGAGGGCCAAACUUUUCAGUGUCCAGUACAGGCUUCCAAUGUGGCACUGAUGCCUAAGCCAGACACUGAUGUGGAAGAGGUCAAUUAAAGGCUACUUUCUGGCUGACCUCUGUGAAGUUUGCAUUUUGACUUCUACUGGUUGAUUUCUUUAACAGGCAGGCAUAAAUCAGUGGAAAUGGGAAGGGAGGGUGUCAGGUAAAAGAUAACUAACUCCAGUGGUCUUCAAAUCUUUGUGCUAUACACCUUCAGUUUAAUGUGAUCUAUAAUUAAUCACUGAUUUAGAGCUUUUCUAGGCAACAAGGGUUAAUGACCUGGUAUUCCCUAAAGGCAAAAUGAUACCAGUUUACUAUUGGAAAGGUAUUUGAUUUGAUUUUUAAAUCAACAAUAGAAUUUUGUUUAAGAAACUUCACAACUCUGAUCCAUGCAGUUUAUUUCCCUGAAUUAUUAUAAUGAACACUGUCAAAGGUAUUGGUGGUUUCAGUCUUUUAAAGAAUUGGUCAUUAUAACAACAGAGCACACAUUUCAAAAAUAGUUGGUCACACAUCUCUCAAACCUGUCAGUUAUCAACCCCUCCCCUACACUCUCCCUCCCACCUACCCCCACAACACUUAUGUUCUAGUAAAAAAAAAAAUUAAAUUUUGCAUUAAGCACUAAAUCAUGUCUUUUGUCAGUUUUCACCAGAAAAAAGAUUCUAAACACGGGCUUUCAUGUUUUUAUAGAGCUAGACAAAAUUACAACUAAACCACAGGUGCAUCGGUAUGAUGUAAUUCACUGAACCAAAAAUCAAAGUGAAGUCAAGGCAUUCGCUGCCAACAGUACUCUCACUACAGUGAAGAUCAGUGAUCCAAAUGAUGGUCAGUCUUCUAGUGGUCCAAGAGACCACUUGAAUCUUUCUUUGCCAAAUUCUACACAAAACAAUAAAAUCUCAGAAUUGGAAGAGAUCUCAAAGGUCUCUCAACUCACAUCUGAUACAUGAUCCCUUCUACGAUAUCUUGACAAAUGGACAUCCAGCCUCCAAUCAAAGACUUCAAAAAUGAAGAAUUCAUCAAUUAGUCCAUUCUACUUUUGAACAGCUCUGAAAAUUAUGGCGUUUUCUUCACGUGGAGAUUAAAUUUGUUUCCUAUUAACUUCUACCCACUGAUCCUACUUUUGCCCUUUGAAAUGAAGCAGGAAAAGUCUAAUCCCUUUUCCAUGUGACAACCCUAUAAAUGCUUGAGUACUACUAUUAUUAUGUCUCAUCAAUCUUCUCUUCUUUUGGAUAAAUAGCCCCACUUCAUUUAACCAGUCUUUAUUUGGCAUAGUUUUGAGUCUUCCCAUGGUCAUAGUAAUAUUCUGAAGCACUUUAUCAAUGUCCUUCAUAAAAUCUACCAUGAAGAGCAGAACACAAGAUUCCAGAAGUGGGUUGACAUCACAGACUACAGUGGAACUAACCUUUUCCUUCUUUUCUAUGCAGUACUUUUAUUAAUCUGGCCUUGACUGAGUGUCAUAUCUUACUAUUUACCUAUAUUGAGCUUUUAUUCUAUCAAAAUCCCCUUAUCCUUUCCAUGUGAAUUGUCAUGUAGUAUAACCAUAAUUUUUAAAAGAUGGUCUUGCAGUUUUAAAUAUUUUGAGCAGUGACAAAUUCUAGUCAAUAUAAAGUCUAGCCAAUAGAGUCUGGUCUCAGAGAGAGAAGCUAGACAUCAAAAAAAUUCUAUCCAGAAAGUUUAGCAGAGAUAAAUACUUGUUAGGAAGAAUCCCUAACUGUUCAGUUUUUUUUUUCAUGGGAGUGCUAAUUGCUCUCAUUUUUCUCACAUUAAUGGCUACCAUCAGAUGGUUAAGUCAAGAGCAAGCAAUAAAGACUUGGGUCACAUUAGUGUAGCCUGGAAAGAGGUAGUAAAGAAAAGAGAUGGGUUGGUGUGCUGGGAAAUUUAUUUAGUGAGGACUCAACAUAAAAGCAAAGAGUCAAGCAACAUACUUUCAGCAUGUAAUAAAUUGCUACUUUCAUCUUCCAAAGUUAUAGAGGGUAUAUAAACUAGUCAUCAGGCCCACUAAACUAAGGUGUGAGGAAUCACUUGUGUAGCAACCCUCUCACUGCCAUCAGCUUUCUCUCUUAUAGCUCUGGCCUUUCUCAUAGGGUGUUGACACUUUGCUUUGCUGGACACAAAGGGUUGAGGUGAGAAAAGGGACUUCAGAGAUGAGAACACGGGUAGAUCUUGCUUCUUUCUGCAUUGAUUCAAAUUUUCCACUGUAAUUAGAUGGUAUAUUUUGAUUCUUCCAAUCCAUUAGUCUAGUUUCAUUUAUGCCUAUUACAUUCUCCUUCAUAGGCAUGGAAAUCUCCUUUUUUUAAAAACAUUACCUGUCUUCUUUACUUUUCCAACAAAAAGGGAGGAAAGAGAAAGGUUUUAAAAAGGGAUAAAGUUGUUGCUUAGGAUAAAUGUUAUGAUCAUAAUAGAUGAUGGAGAGAAAGCAGAAUUACUCAACUCUUCUUUUGCUUCUGUUUUCUUUACCAAGAAGAAUUGUCUUCAAACUAUACAACCUAGAAUAAAAAUAAUUGAAAGGAAAACCCAAGGUAAGUUCAAAGGGAAAACCCAUAAUAAGCAAGGAAGCAAUUAGAACCCCUAGUAGCCUUCAAGAGAGCCUGGGAUGUUAGUACUAUUGAUUUGGAAGCCACUGAAUGAUUGGUUCCAAAGAAUGGUAAUGAAUGGAUUAACAUCAUCCUGGAAACAAGCCUCCAGUACAGUGCCCCAGAGAUUCCUCUUUCGUCCUAUUCUGUUCAACAUUUUUAUGAAUAACUUUGAUGAAGAAAUAGAGGAUAUGUUUCCCAAAUUUAUGGUUGACAUGAAAUUUGAAAAGAUAGCUAACAUUGAGCAAUAGGAUCAGGAUUCAAAAAGCUAUUGAUAGGGAGGGCAGCUAGGUGGUGCAGUGGAUAAAGCACUGGCCCUGGAUUCAGGAGUACCUGAGUUCAAAUCCAGCCUCAGACACUUGACACUUGCUAGCUGUGUGACCCUGGACAAGUCACUUAACCCCCAUUGCCCCGCCCUCCCCCAAAAAGCUACUGAUAGGUUAGAAUGAUGGGUUAAACUUAAUUAUAUGACAUUAAUAAAGAUAACUUUAGAGUCCUAUAUCUGAGACCAAAAAUAUCAAUGGCCGAGAAUGAAGCAGAUGUGACUAGACUACAAUUCAUCUGAAUAGCUUUGAACUGUCAGUUCAGUGUGCAGUCAAUGGAAUGAUAUGGUAAUACAAAAAAAAUGCAAUUUUAAGCUGUUCAGAAUAAGGGAGAUUUAAUCCCUCUAUAUUCUGCUUUGGUCAUACUAAAUCUUAGGCAAUAUCCAGUUCUGUGGGAUAUAUUUUAGGCAAAAUAUUAAUAAUCUAAGCCUUAGUUUCCUUAUUUGUAAAAUGGAGGAACUGAACCAGAUAACUUCUAAGGUUUCUUCCAGCCCAAAAUAUAUCAUUCUAGGAUCAUACUAUGCUGGAUUAUAUCCAGAGGAAAGCAGCCAUAAAGAAGAGACCUGAAACUAUGCCACAUAAUAAUCAGUUGAUGAAACUAAGGAUAAUUUCUGUAUUUGUAACUGUGUGGAUAGAGAGCAGUGACAGUCAUCUUUAAGUAUCUUAAAGGUUAUCAUUUGAAAAAAGAAUUAGACUCAUUUUAUUUGGACCCAAAGGGCAAAAUUAAGAGUAAAGAGUAGAAGUUUUAGAGAGGUAAAUUUCUUCUCAAGGAAAAAAAAAUUUUUCUAACAAUGAAGAUUAUCCAAAAUUGAAAUAGUUCAUAUGUUCCCCAUGCAAACAACACUCAGAGACUGGAUGACUGAAAAGUCAUAUUGGACCAUAAGACUUUUAGGAUUUUUCCAACUCUGACACUGUAUCCUGAAACAUCUACUGCUUCUGGCUAAAUUCCAUCCCUCUCAGCAGGAAAUUAGACUGAGACCUCAUCACAAUAAACAUUAAGUGAAAACUAUUUUUAUUCUAAACAGGAUAUUCACACUGAGCUUUAGUAAAAGAGAAGAAUCUGUGUCAAGGCAAUAGACCCUCUUCCCCAAAGAAUUCUCUACUAGCCAAAAGAACAACAGUAAAGAUAGGGUCCUGUUCAAAAUUCUUGGGGAAGGGGUUGAGAAUGCAGGAGAAAAGUCAGGAGGCUGUUUCAUCUGCCAAGUAAUAUUUUGGAACCUCUUUAUAUCAUUGUCAUAAGCUGCCCAAUUUAGGACAAGAAUAGUUCAUAUAUUUUUUUUAAUGAUCCACUAUCCCCACCUAAUGGAUACUCACAGGUAGGGAAAAAUGCUGGAUUCUCUUCCAUUAAUUCAGUAGAUAGCUAUUCAUCCUGAUAAGUAAUUAGAUACAAUGGCAAUUCAAUUCAACAAGCAUUUUUAAGUACCUGCCCUGUUUAAGGCAGUGUGAUUAGGUGCUGGGAAUACGCAGAGAAAAAAGAAAAGGCUCCUAGUCUCAAAGAGCUUAUGUGUAUGUGACAGCAAUCUUCAACAGGAUUGGUAAACUCUGUAUAAAAUGUGUCCUAAAUAGACAAUGAAGAUACUGAUUGGUAUAAAUGCUAGACCCAAAAACAAUCAGGGAAAAUCAUGUUACUAUUUGGGAAUAGUUGUGUUUUGAGGGCUUAAGUUGUUAUGACAACAAUAGAGUCACCAGCCAGAUUCAAAAUGUUACUGCCAAUUGAGGGAUUUUGAUUCUUCCAAUAACUUAGGGCAGAGUAUUCAAUUUAAUAGUCCAGGAGGAGCUCAGUUCCAACAGUUUAUAGACUCAGGAUUCCCAAAUACUGGAGGAAAUUACAUAAACAUGGUAAAGUUAUCAUCUGAAUGAAUAGGAAGAAGAGGAAGCAGGAAGGAAGCCAAAAUUCAGAAAAUGGAAUAUUAUCAUCCCAAAAGUUCAUUUGACUUCACCCAAGAGGCAUUUGUCAAUGUAAAGUUUGAUCAACACAUUAUUUCAUUAACAUCUAGGUACUAGGCAAGAGUUUCAAAUAAUAUAAGUUCCUUGGUAUUUACAGAGCAUGAUAUAGACUUUGGAAGGAUUAUUUUCAUAUUCAAAGCAUGUUUUAUUACAGUUGUUUGUGUUGGAGUUUGGCCUUGAUAAUUAUAACAAUAACUCUCAAGAGCUGAAAGAAGAAGGAAUUUAUAUCCUUUUAUAAAGUUCAUUUAAUUAUGUCUACAGACACCAAGUCUAUGUUGGAGCAGAAAUGCAGCUGUUGGAGUUUUCUAAAUUAAAUUACUACAAUUUAUGUAUCUAUUAAAAGUUAUUCCCUCCCUGACUUUUUUCCUUUGGUGGUAGUAGUUCCUUUAUCUUUUUCUGUGUUUCAACCUUUGACACCAAAAACAUA